ACGUAGUAAAAUAAUUUAUCGGCGACAACUUGAAUUGAUAUUUAUCGUUCCAGUGUAACAUCAACUAACAAAUUAAAAUGAUACAGUGGAGUUAGAUAAAAAGAUAUGUUAAAACAUUUGUUAGUGGUUAUUAUAGCUAUUUCUGCUUGUGGUUUUCUUUACGGGAUAUAUAAUUAUAAUGUAGAAGUUGAGUCCAAUGCUUGUCAAAUGACGUACAUGUUUGCACCACCUCAGUUCUCGAGAAUAGACUUUGAAGAUAAUGUCAAAUUUCCUCAUUACGGAUUGUAUUACUACAAUGAAGGCCGUAUACCAAUUGAAGUGCACAAAAAUCAAUUCAAUGGAGCACCCAUUAUUUUUGUACCAGGAAAUGGAGGUUCUUAUAAGCAAGUACGUUCCUUGGCAUCAGUAGCAUUGAGAAAAUCCAGGGAGAGUGCUACUAGAAUUCAUUUGGAUUAUUUUACUAUCGACUACAACGAAGAGCUUUCAGCGCUUUAUGGCGAUUAUUUGGAGCGGCAAACAUUAUAUUUAAAGACUUGUAUAAAGAUUGUUCUGAAGCUUUACACAAAGACUGAACAAGCAGCAAAAGUAAUUUUAAUUGGUCAUUCUAUGGGAGCUGUAGUAUCACAAGCAGUUUUAAGAGAUCCAGAAUUUUCUGAAUUCAUCAAUACCAUACUAUCCUUAUCUUCUCCUAUAAAUAAGCCUAUUUUAAUUCUUGAUGAAAAAAUACAUGCAUUUUAUAAAAGUAUAAACAAAAAUAUAUCUGUGGGCCGGUCCUCUUUAAAAUUAAAUAAAAAUUCGAAUUUUUGUUGCGCUACAUGUAGUCGUCUUCUGUUAAACAAUCAUACAAAUUACGAAGAUCAAAAUUUGAAAAAUGUAUUGAUAAUCACAAUUGGUGGUGGUAAUCGUGACGUACUGGUUCCAGCUGGCUUUACAAUUUCAAAAUAUAGUGACAUACAUGCAAUGACAAUGUCAAUACCUAAAGUUUGGUUAAGCUGUGAUCAUUUGUCCGCAGUCUGGUGUCUUCAGCUGGUGCAGGUUAUUAAUAGAUAUAUGUUUGAUAUCUCUGUCAGUGACAAGCAAAAUUUCGUUUACUUUACUAAGGAUAGAAUACGUCGGGAGCAGGCUGCACUUACUAACUUCGUGAAAUCAAAUAUAAUGCAAUCAAAAGAAAUAAACAUUGAACAGGAAGGUAGACAUAACAGUGUAUGGCGAGAAGACACUUUAAGAGUCUUUUCGAAAGGAUUUAAAGAAGGACCCAGAAGUAAUUUUAUACAAUUAAUUCCAAUACGGAAACAUAAAAAGCACACGAAAUUAUGCAUUGAUGUUACUCAAUUGGAGUCUGAUGACUUUCUAUUUGGAUGCACUGUAAAGUCUAGAUUAAAUAACGAUUUCUUCUGCCAAAACAAAGUUUCACUUUCUUAUAAUUUUCAAAUAUUGCCAUCGAUUAAAAAUAAAAUUCGUUCAGUGGCAAUACUAGAUAUAAACAACUUGAAGAAUACAUACGUAAAUUGGACCCAUGUUGGUUUUUUCGCUCGUGCUUCUCGCAAACCGAAAAUGUAUAACGUUGAUAUAUUUAAUCCCGCGGAGAGAAAUGUGGUCUUUAAAUUUCCUCGCUGGUCCACUUUUCAAAAAUCAAAUCUGGUAAAUGAAAGCUCACAGGGAACACUUUACUAUAAACUCUUAGUUCAAGGUGUUGAAGAAACGUUUCCAACUAUUGAAUUGAGAAUUGUACCGUUAUCUUGUAUGGGCGAUCUGAAUUCAAUUAUCAUUAAAAUGUGUAUACCCUGGGCACCAGGAUUUAACAAAUAUCAAAUUAUUCGAGAUCCUUCAACAGAAGUAUUUUAUAUGAAUGUUCCUGUUUCUAGUCCGGUUGGCUAUAAUUCAUCAAUGAAUCCGAUUUCUUUAGAAAUAUUUUUGGAUCCACUUUGUCGCUAUCAAAUAAGUUACAAAUUUUCGAUUGUGGGCACAAUGUCAAGGAUAGCUCAACAAUUUUUCCACUGGCUGCCGUCUCAUCUGACAGCUGUUAUAUUGGUUAUCCUGAAGAAUCAAAUAAGCAAACUCCAUGAGGAAUCAAGUACGAAAGGUGUUCGACCAUAUCAUGGAUAUUUUCAAUACGAUUCGUUAUAUCUUAUAACCGGUUGUCGUGUAUUGAGCAAAUUUGUAACACACCAUGAUGAUAACGAAAGUGGGCGGAGCCUUUCAAUUUAUCCAGCUGUAAUUAUUCACGGCACUGCUAUAGUGUUGUCAAUACUACUUGUUUUUGCAGUUUGGACUGCAGUCAUUCUAAAUGCAUAUGGACUUUCAAAACUAAUAAAUUGGUUUUUUCUUAGAUCGGUACUUCUACCCAUAGCAGACACAUUCCCAAUUUUAAUUGCCGCAUUCCUGAUUUCGCUGGCAAUAAGGACAUGUGGAGCAGUGGCACUUAUCAUAACAUGUGCCUUAUAUUUACUGUUGAUAUCAAACGCUUACAGCGACUACUUAGAAAAUUGGUUACUAAGAACAGCAGUGUUGUUGCAUGCAAAAUUUCGGAGCUUAUAUGAUAAACAAAAUGGACUAAACACAACAACAGACAUAUCAAGCGAUACAACUAGUCUUAUGAGUUUAAUACGUUGUGAAGGAAUGAAUAAUUUCUCUUUUCACUUAUCUGUUCUCAUCUUGCUCACUAUUAUGACUGGUUUGAACAGUAUGACUUUCGUUGCUUGGGCGAAGGAUCGCAGCAUUGUAAGUCGUGGAACAGACCCAUCCCUACUACCCACUGUAAUAGUCAUAUCUUCCUUGAGCGUUUUAUGGCGAUUAAAAGCACCCAAAAAAAUCUUUUCUUUCCAAGUUGGCUACACGAUAACAUCGUUACUCAUUUAUAUGGGUGCUGGAGCUUGCAUUAUUUAUUGCCAGGAUGAAUUGUAUAAACUAAACUAUCUAAUUGCCGGCACUUUCGUAUUGAUAACAGUGCUAGAAUCGCUGGGACAAUGCUAUAAGAAAUUUAGCUGAAUUGUAAAGAUAAUUGCUAGUGCAGAAAGCCUUUGAAAUUGGUAAAAAAUUAAAAAAAUAAUACUUAGUUGAAACCCGUUGCGGAAGAAUUAAAACAACGAAAACGAAAGGAAAAAUAAUUUACGGACAGUUGGUCGGAAAGAGGAAGGGCAGGAGUUGGUUGAUUUUGAAAAACUUAUUUAAAAAUUUAACUAAGCAAGUUUUUGAUUUAUUAUUGUAUCCUUUUUUUUAGAAAUUUGGUGUAAACUUAAUUUUGUAUGUCCCAAACACAAUGUACUUUUUUAUUUAAAAGUUUUUCACCUUAUUUGGCCUAAUUUUCCAAUAUAAGGACUCUAAUUUUUAUAUAAAUAACACUGGUUACCAAAAUUUUAACUUUUUUUGUCACAUGAAAACUUAUACCAAAUUUUGAAAGUAUUAGGGCCACUAAACAAUAAUAUGCGAAUAAAAAAAAAUUGCCACGUCAGGUUUUCCUGUGACAUGA